AUGGAGCAAAAAGCCGAAUGGAUAAAUGCUGAGGAAGCAUUAUUUCAAUUUCCGUUAUCCACAUAUCCACGUAUUAGAGAAUUGAAGGAAAAUAUUUUACCAUUUUACGCUUUGAUUUAUCGAGGUUAUCAAUGGCAACGAAAUCGUGGAGUUUGGCUAGAUGGUCCAUUUGAGUAUCUUAAUGUACAGGAUAUUGAGGACAAGAUCAAUCAAUAUUUAAUCGAUUUCACCAAAAUCAAUAAACAGUACAAGACAAGAAUCAAGAUGCAAAUUGCAAUCAAUUAUCCUUACAGCUUUACAGGAUUAGUAGAUGAUUCAGAUCCAUACCAACAACCAGUACCUUUAAAAUUAUGCCAUCAACUGGCAGAAGAUGUGAAAUGGUUUAAGGUAAUCUUCUAA